AUGUCUCAUUUGUACAACUGGUUGGCACAAGUGGAGCAUAUACCAUUGGAAGAGUGGACUGACAGUUACGACCACAUCGACAUUGAAAAUGACGUUUUCAACCCAAAUUACUCGGUCGAGGAAUAUAACGAAAAGACAGAACAAAUCAUCGAAAUAGUUGAUGCAGAAUCUGCUUUUGAACGAUUCGUGAGUGCACUUGGUGAACGUGACAAGUUUAAGCAAUCCAUUUACAAUCAAUUCAACAACUUGUUAACGAUACAAUCCCACCAACAGUGGGAACAUAUUUUAAAGAUCUUUGUACAACAAUUUCCAUUUAUUUUAAAUAUAUUAUUUAUAUUUGUUAAUAAUGAAAAUAUUCAAGUUAGAUGGACAUCGUUACAAUGUUUAAUUCAAUUAUCAUUUGAACAUAUAGAUUUGAUGGUUGAAUCAAGAGAUGAAAUAUUUAACGGUAUUAUCAAAACAAUUUGUGAUCCAAAUGAACGAGUUCAACGUACUAGUUGUAUGUUGAUUCAAUCUAUGAUAUAUUCAUUGGACAUUGAUAAUACAUUGGCUGAUGAUGUUAUAGAUGGAUUAUGUAGUUCAUUUUUAAUACUACUUCAAUCACGAAACUUAGUUGUAGUUGAACAUGCAUUAUUAUCAUUCAUGUCACUCGUUACUCAAUUUGGUAAAAGAUUAAGACCUGUAAUGUUGGAAAACCAUCAGAGUCACUCUGAAUCAAGAUUAUUAAUUUGUAGGGCAAUCACGGCAUUUGCAAUGUGUAGCCAAGUGGUCGACAAGAAGACAUUUUCAACAUACUUGGACAAGUUGAUGGUGUUUGUUGGAAAAAAUGAAGGGUCGUUGGAUUUGGUUAUAGAUGUUUUAAGACAAUCACGAACAUUUAUUAAAAAAAUUGACAAAUCAUUUCAAGUGCAUUUACCAAUGAUCAUCAAGAUGAUUGUCAGUGUACUAGAGAUACCAUUAUCAAAUCAAAAACAACAACAACAACAACUAGAAGAAUUCUCAGCGUACCAUCUAUUGGACAGAGCUUGCCAGAAACCACGAGACGUUGACCAAGCAGAAAUAAAUAUCGCAAAAUGUAAGGCUACCUAUGCACUCGAAAAGGCGGUUGGAUUAUCCAAACACCGAUUCUCACCAUUUGCCUUGACCGCUUUCCGACGACUCGACGCCAUGGUCAACUCUAUCGACGAGGACGAUGUCAAAGAAGUUGCCACCGAGUAG